AUGUACCGUCCCCUUCACGACGCGUCCUCUCCACCUCCCCUCAUACACCCUUCGCCGACGUCGACCCUUCCCCCCGCGCAUCUGCCGCCCUCGCCGCAGCCCAGAGAAGAACACGGCGAGCUCGCCGACACUUUCCCCAGCUUCCGGAGAACUCCCCGCAGCGGUAGCGGCCGAGACGAGAGUGGAGGGGGUGGCGCGGAGACCCCACCGCGCAUCCCUCCCGCCGCAUAA